CAUAGGGAAUAAUGCACGAAGCGAUCGCUUGCCGGCACAAAGCGGUGUAAUCUCUUACUCUGAGAGUCUCUGAGCAGCCAUUCAAGGCACAAUUGUUCGGGGUGAAGCUAUCCCCGGUGUUAUGAAUGGUUCCUAAAGCGCACAGUUUCUCGAGCACACCCGCACCCUCAAGUUUAAAACAAAAAAGGAGGGUGCCCCUUUUCUCCCCCUCCCCCCCCUCGCAAAAAAGGGGGAGGCUUUGAUUUUGUUGCGUCGCGCACACCCUGCCAUCUUGCGCUGUCACUCCCGAGGGGUCAGUGGGAGGUUGCAGUCUCCACUUAGGGUUCACCCAGAGUUCAGCCGCAUACAUUAGGUGAUGCGGCGUCUUUCACUGGGAGGGCUCCGCGCGCAGUGGUGGGGGUGAUGGUAGGGGGGGCCCGCGUUCACAAUGCGGCACCGACCAUUUGGCCCGGGAGAGCAGGGAGAGGAGUUUUAACUUCGGAGGCCGGCAUCCGCAUCUCACGCUGCUGCUGGCCCGUGGAAGGGACGCGCGCCCCGACCCAGACGGCGCGUGUGCACGAGCGGGCUCGUCCGAGAGGCGCUGUUCGCCUGCGCGUGGGACGGCCGGCUUCAGGGAGGCCGGCUCGGAGAAGUUGCCGGGACGCGGCGGCCCUGCGCCACGAAUGCCGGCCGUCGCGGCGGGGAGCGGCGGUCGUUUGGAUCGAUGACGAAGCUUUCGUUUCUGCUCAACGGGCGUCGUUGACGCGAGCUGCCGGGGAGCACGCAGCAAAACCGGGGAAACCGGCGGGGUGCGCGACGUCGCGGCUGCGAAGGGUCUUAGGUCGGGCGGCGGUGGUUUCACAAGAUCCGCUCGUGGUGGUGGUGGUGGUGGUGCGCUUGGACACGGCUGCGUAAGAGACCCUUGCUUGGGCAGCUCUGACGCAAUGGGGGAAAUUAUUCACCCGCGGCGGCGAUGGUGCGGCCUGCGUUAGGUGAACUCGGUCCCACUUGGCUCCGCGAACGCGACUGGCGGAGGGGGCCGUGGACAUCGUGACGGGGCGUCGGGGGCGAAGUCCAAAAUAACAGAGUGACCGGGGGUAGGAAAGAAAUCCGCCGAGCUACCAGAAGAGCGGGCGCUGGCGGAGUGGGACGCGGCGCUGAACGAUGUACGACUGCAUGGUGGAGGCGUUGGCGAUGAGUCCGCGGCGCUACCACAACGUGUGCGUGGGGAGCCCCUCCUCCUGCAUGCUGCACGACAAGAGCCUCUCCCCGGGCUGCUACGGCACGGGGAGCCUCACGCCGUCCGACUGGAGCCAACACAACAGCACGCCGUCCGUGGAAAGCCAGAGCAGCGGCUCGGAGGAGAUCAUCCCGAGCCCCCCGUCGCCGCUGCCGCCCCCGCGCGUCUACAAGCCGUGCUUCGUGUGCCAGGACAAGUCGUCGGGCUACCACUACGGCGUGAGCUCAUGCGAGGGAUGCAAGGGCUUCUUCCGACGCAGCAUCCAGAAGAACAUGGUGUACACCUGCCCUCGCGACAAGGGCUGCGUGAUCAACAAGGUGACGCGCAACCGCUGCCAGUACUGCCGCCUGCAGAAGUGCUUCGAGGUCGGCAUGUCCAAGGAGUCCGUGCGGAACGACCGGAACAAGAAGAAGAAGGAUGUGGCCAAGCAGGAGCCCUCGGAGACCCUGGCCAUGCCGGCCGAGAUGGAAGUCCUCAUCGAGAAGGUCCACAAGGCGCACCAGGAGACCUUCCCGUCGCUCUACCAGCUGGGGAAGUACACCAUGAACUCGAGCGCCGACCACCGUGUGCAGCUGGACCUGGGCCUGUGGGACAAGUUCAGUGAGCUGGCCACCAAGUGCAUCAUCAAGAUCGUGGAGUUCGCCAAGCGCCUGCCCGGGUUCGUCAACCUCUCCAUCGCUGACCAGAUCACGCUGCUCAAGGCCGCCUGCCUCGACAUCCUGAUCCUGCGGAUCUGCACGCGCUACACCCCGGAGCAGGACACGAUGACGUUCUCAGACGGCCUGACGCUUAACCGCACGCAGAUGCACAACGCGGGCUUCGGGCCGCUCACCGACCUCGUGUUCACCUUUGCCAACCAGCUGCUGCCCCUGAGUGUGGACGACACGGAGGCUGGCCUGCUCGCCGCCAUCUGCCUCAUCUCUGGAGACCGGCAGGACCUGGAGGAGCCAGAGAAGGUGGAGCGGCUACAGGAGCCGCUGCUGGAAGCCAUGAAGGUGUACGUGCGCCGGCGGCGACCCGACAAGCCACACAUGUUCCCCAAGCUCCUCAUGAAGAUCACCGACCUACGCGGCAUCAGUGCCAAGGGUACGGAGCGGGUGAUCACGCUGAAGAUGGAGAUUCCGGGCUCCAUGCCUCCCCUCAUCCAGGAGAUGCUGGAAAAUUCGUACGGCUCGGAGGCGGGGUGCACGACCAGCGGAAGCUCGAGCCCAGGCACGCCCGAGGCCACGCCGCCCACGGCCGGCACGCCCGAGCCGGCGCACGUCGCGCCGCACGGGAAAGGACUGGCGCUCGCGCAGAAGACGAGCUCCAAGAUCUCGCAGACCCCUCCCGUGGCCGGCAACUGAUGCCCCGCGCGACGGUGAAGAGCCGCAAGCAAUUGGACUCGUGCAGGAAGUUGACCUUUCUGUCGCAAGCGAGCGAAACUUUUCAAGGUCGAUUCAAAAGGAGAGGAAGAAAAAGCGUUGUUUUAUAAGACUGUUAAUUGUUUGAGCCAACGGCUCCAUAUAAUUAAGAACGUUUUAUGAGUGUGAACUUUUUCAAAAUCCCGUCAUUAAAAAUACGUGCGGGUUCGUUGGGAUUUUGGCCACUGGGAGAUACGUUGCAGAAGACGGCUCCAGGAAGUGUUUUCCAGCAAUGUUAAACGUGCACAUGAAGGUGAUGUUUGUACUGUUGCACAAUUUCACAUCUUGCAGCAGCAAACGUGUGGAGCCAAUUCAGUUGUCACAUUGGAAAGAUUUAGUGAGAACGGUUGAAUAUCCCAAGUUUGAACACAUGAAGAAAUUACGAGCAUUCUUUUUUUUAAUGAAAAGCACUGCUUUAGUUAAACAAUUGUUUUCUAAUGCUUUCUGAAGUUCAGUUAAUAGUGCAUUUGUUUUAAUAAAUAAUACAUCUGGGCAAUUGGUUGACCAAUGUCUUUUCUUCAAUGUAUUUUUCAAGUCUCACUAAAGGUGCAAUGUUUAUUGUGGAUUAACACAAAUUGGCCGCAAAUGACAAGUCUGGGAUUACAUCAUUUACACCGGACAUAAUAGGUAGACAAGAUAAGGCGUAAUUAUUUUGUAUGCAAACCAGAUUAGUUUGGGAGGUCUGAAUGCGAAUUCACAGGAGAAUGUGGAAACGCCCUCUGGGUCUUUCCCACCCACACAGGCAAGAGCUUUGUCAACACCAGCAUUUAUAGAGUAUUACAUUCAGCUAUGAGUGCGAGAAGCAAAGUUAGGUUGAGCCGAAACAUUACUGCAGUUUUAGAGGGCUGCUUGUUCAUGUUCCGACGGUAAAUAAAUGAAAGUAAUAAUUUUUUUGUUUCCAAAACACAAGUCACUUUAAUAUUUUUGUACCGAUUUUGAAAAAUGAAAAAAAAAUAUCAAAUGAAAUGUUUCGCAAACUACUGUUUUAUUGAAUCUUUCAGAUGUCUUGUAUCUAUGAGUUGUACUUUUAAAAAGGUUGGGGGGGGGGUGGAAAUGUCAUUUUGUGAUGUUUUAUGCCUUCCUUCAGGUCGUGAAGGACGGAGGGAUGUCUAAGAUCAGUGUAACGACUGUUGCCAUGGGACUGUAACAUAUUUGCCUUUUCAAGUAUUCACGAGCACGUCAUGUAGGUCUUACGCCGACGAGUAGUCUUAAUUUAAUGAAUAAUUUGCAAGUAUUUUGAGCACAUGUAUUUUACUACACUGAAGGAUUUUGUGGAAAAGUUUAAAUUAGCCACUUUUCUACUUCCUCACAUUAAAUUGUAAUCAUGAAUCCUAAAAACUUUGUAACCGACUUCCCCCAUUUUUUGUUUUAAUACGCCAAGGCAUUUCACUACCGUAUGUUUACACUCGUCACAAGCAGGGUUUUGAAAAGCGUUCACCAUUUUAUGCAAACCCUCACUUCAUAGAUGAAUGUUGUGAAAGAAGGGGUUGCGUGGAGCAUUGUUUUGUAUGUUGUCAAGCCCUCUGAUUCAGUAGGCCGCUGUGUCACCACGUGUAUUCUCAUAUUUGCUGAAAACAUGUAAACUGCCAUAACAGAAAUAGGAUUUAUUGGUUUGUAGAUUUGAGUCACUUGUGGUCAUUUGUAUAUACUUUAGCUAAGUCCCGAAGUUCAGAUGAAACAUUGCAACUUUUCUCAACCUAUCAACAGAAAAAUAAAGUAUAUUUAUCUUAAUGUACUUCAAGAAAUGUUAUGGUUGGUCAUUACAGAACAUUUGGAACACUGGUUGACUGAAUUAAUGAGUUACUUAUCUGGUGCUUAACUUGAGCAUGCUAAUCCACCUUAUUCAUUGUAAUAUGAAAUUUACUUGAGUAUUUUUAAGAUUAAAAUGUAAAUUUUGGCCAAAUCUGACUUUCAAAUAAGUAUUGUUAUCCAAGUUAUAUUUAAUAAACAGCACAGUGACAUGAUUGCAACCUGGAAAAUAGUUGAAGGUCAUAAUUUUGUGAAAAUCUAUGGGAACUAUUACUUAUUUCAUUUUAACAUAUUAGGAUUAAUGAUUU